AUGGGUCGUCGUAUUCGAGUGCAACGGAAAGGACCAGGAGGUAUAUUUAAAGCGCAUAAUAAACACAGAAAAGGUCCAGCAAAGCUAAGACCAGUGGAUUACGCUGAAAGACAUGGUUAUAUCAAAGGUGUCGUGAAAAAUAUAAUACAUGAUCCGGGACGUGGAGCACCGUUAGCUAUUGUAAGAUUUCGAGAUCCAUACAAAUAUAGGACAAAUACGUGUACAAUGAUUGCGGCCGAAGGAAUGUAUACUGGGCAAUUUAUUUAUUGUGGUCGCAAAGCUCAGGUGCAGAUUGGUAAUGUUUUGCCUCUUUCUGAACUGCCUGAAGGAACAACGGUUUGCAAUCUUGAGGAGAAAACUGGUGAUCGCGGUCGACUUGCGCGAACAUCGGGAAAUUAUGCAACAGUAAUCGCUCACAACCCGGAUACAAAAAAAACCAGAAUUCGCCUUCCAUCAGGUGAGAAGAAAGUACUUCAAUCGUCUAAUCGUGCCAUGGUCGGAAUAGUUGCUGGAGGUGGGCGAACUGAUAAACCAUUGUUGAAGGCUGGCCGUGCUUAUUUCAAAUAUAAGGCCAAGCGCAACUGCUGGCCAACUGUUCGUGGUGUUGCAAUGAAUCCUGUCGAUCAUCCACAUGGUGGUGGUAAUCACCAACAUAUUGGACAUCCGUCGACCGUUAAGAGAGGAACUAGUGCAGGCCGUAAAGUUGGUCUUAUAGCUGCCAGAAGAACAGGGAGAAUUCGUGGUGGAAAACCUGAAAAGCAUGGAAAAGAUGAAGCCGUAUGA